AUGGAAACUCAAGAAAAGCCACUUUCCGUGGAUGAGGAGUACGAUUUAUGGAAAUCCAAUGUGCCAUUAAUGUAUGAUUUUGUUAGCGAAACGCGUUUAACGUGGCCAUCUUUAACCGUCCAAUGGCUCCCUACACCUGUGCAAGAACCAGAAAUGGGCUUUAUCAAACAGGAAUUAAUUAUUGGUACGCAUACGUCCGGUGAAGAGGAGAAUUAUCUAAAAUUUGCAGAAAUCAACCUUCCUGAGGAAAUCUUGAACAAUGAAGAUCCACAAGAAGAAGCCGAAGAGGACGAUGAGGCCUCUGUUCCCGCUCCCAGAUCGAACAUCAAAAUCAUCACUAAGUACAAGCACGAAGAAGAAAUCACCAGAGCCCGAUAUAUGCCCCAGAACCCUGACACUGUGGCUACCAUAAACGGACAGGGUACAGUUUUCAUAUAUUCUCGCUCAGAGGGCCUUCAAUCUACACUGAAAUUUCACAAAGAUAACGGGUAUGCUUUGUCGUUUAGCCCUWUAGUCAAGGGUCAAUUGUUAUCCGGUUCAGACGAUCAUACCGUCGCCCUAUGGGAUGUGAAUGGUAGCAGUGAUUCAACAAGACCAAUACGAACUUGGAGUGAUUUGCAUUCUGAUAUUGUUAAUGACAGUAAAUGGCAUAAUUUCAAUAAAGAUUUAUUCGGUACUGUUUCAGAAGAUUUUCUUUUGAAAAUCAAUGACCUGAGGGUAGAAAAUACCACUACUGGUACUACGAAGUGUUCACAACCUUUUAAUGCAUUAGCGUUUAGUCAUCACUCUUCAAAUCUUUUGGCGGCUGCAGGUACAGACUCACAUGUUUAUUUAUAUGACUUAAGAAAUAUGAAAGAACCAUUGCACCAUAUGUCAGGCCAUGAAGACGCGGUGACUAAUUUAGAAUUUUCACCCCAUGUGGAUGGCGUGGUCGUUUCUAGUGGUUCCGAUAAUAGGUUGAUCAUGUGGGAUCUGAAACAAAUUGGUGCAGAGCAAACUCCUGACGAUGCAGAGGACGGUGUUCCUGAAUUAAUCAUGGUCCACGCAGGUCAUAAAAGUGCCGUGAAUGAUUUUGAUUUGAACGCACAAAUACCCUGGUUGGUGGCAAGUACUGAAGAAGAGAAUAUUUUACAAGUUUGGAAGUGCUCGCAUAGUUUACCAGUUGUAGGGGGUCCGCCAAAAGUAAGCAUGGACAUGAUUAGUUAA